GGCAGAAAAAGUUCAGAUUGCCGAGGAGAUUGCAUGGAAGAGGCGAGCGAGGUGAGGAGGAGUGGGAUCGGGGGCGGGGCGCUUGCAGGAGCGCGUUGAAGCCACACACGCACAGACACACUCACUCAGUCAGUCAGAGCGGGAGGAGUUUCGGUGGCGCUUCUGAUUUUUUCCAUUAAAACCUCCGGGCUCCUUGCUUCCCCAUCGAUUUAAUCCUCGGCCUCUGGCAAAGAUUUAGAUCAUUUGCAACAGCCGAUCCCACAGCCCCCCCCCCCCCCCCCCCCCCAAAAACCCUAAACUUCCCCACCCUCUGGCCAAUGCCUCCCCGCCACCUCCCACUUCACGCCGCCAGUGUGCGCGCGUUAUAAAGAGGUUGAAGGCUUGGUUGGUGGGUGGGCGGUGGGGAAAGCCGGCGAUAGCAUGCCUGGGUGCAGCCUGGUGCAAAGUUUGUGCCGCCCGGACAGGGCGAGGGUCUGUGUCCCGUCUCGGCCCAUCCCGCCCCUGACUCUCUCGCUGCUCCUACCGCUGUUUCUGCUGUUGCUGCAACUCCGCUGCUCGGCUGCUGCCGCCGCCUCCAGCCCUUGCCCCCGGUUCUGCGAGUGCUCCGAGCCGCCGACCAGGGUGAAGUGCGUGAACAGGCAGCUGAGCUCCAUCCCCAGCGACAUCCCGGCCGGCGUGGAAAGGCUCUUCAUCACGGGCAACAGCAUCUCCACCCUCGGCGCCGGGGCGUUCGGCCAGCGCCUCGAACACCUGCUCAACCUCAACCUCAGCGACAACAAGAUCGAAAGCAUCGAGGCGCUGGCGUUCGCUUCCAUGCCCAGCCUACGGCAGCUGGAUCUCAGCAAUAACCGCAUCUCCACGCUGCACCCCGAGGCUUUCGGUGGCGCAGGAGGAGGGGUAGCAAGUCCCCACAGCCUACAGGAGCUCAAUCUGAGCCGGGCGCUCUACAACGGCUCGGUGGCGGAACAGGUUUCCGAUCUGCUCCAGAACGGUUCCCUCGCUAACCUGGUCCACCUAGAGAUGUCCGACAACGACCUCUUCUACAUGCCGGCCCGAGCCUUCUCACGCUUGACCAGCCUGAGGCAACUGCAACUGAGGAACAACUCCUUUGUCUCCUUCAGAGACACUUUCCAAGACCUGAACCUUCAGCAGCUCGACCUGAGGUUCAACGCCCUGAAGACACUGGGCAACGGCACGAUGGCUGAGUUGAACAGUCAGCCCCAGCUUAGAGUGGACCUGCGGGAUAACCCCUUCGUCUGCGACUGCGGCCUCAAGGAUUUCCGGGCUUGGCUUCAAAGCACCGACAAGGUGGUGGAGAAAGACAGCUUGCUCUGCUCGUCGCCCGAGAGCCUAGGAAAUAAACCCGUCCUCCAAGCUCGCUACUCCGAUUUGCAGUGUUCCUUCCAAGGGGACAUGGAUAGCGCGUUGCAAACUUCGUACGUCUUUCUUGGGCUGGUUCUAGCCCUGAUCGGGGUGAUCUUCAUGUUUGUCUUGUACCUGAACCGAAAAGGCAUCAAAAAGUGGCUUAACAACUUCAGGGAUGCAUGCCGAGACCACAUGGAAGGCUACCAUUACCGGACCUGCGGUGUAACUGUGCCAAAAAGAAAAUCAGGGAGGCUGUUGGAAGAUGAUGCUAGUCUUCAAUUCUUCCGCUCAGAGUAGACUGCUUCUUGAAACUUACAAAGAGGAUUUGGAUUUGCAAUGUAUCCUUGUCGGGGAGGGGAAUGAUUAAUUGCUGCAGUGACCGCUUCACCGUUUUAUGGAAUAAUAAGGCAGAACUGAGUUGCCUGGAGCAAUAAGAAACGGUGGGGCAGCAAACAUUAUUUUUAAACUUCCCAAAUUCGGAAGUGUUAUCGUCCAAGCGAUGUCCCCAUCACAAAACAACCGGCUGCUUCGGUGCUUAUCAGAAUUACAGCCGCUUAAAUCUGCCCCCCAGUCAAUAGACCGAAAUAGGCGCCGUCUAACGUCGUCCAUUUAAAAAAAAUGUACCUGCCUCCCACUAACUUUGCGAAAUCACUAACAAUCCUCAGUUUUGUUUGGUGUAAGAAGGGAUUUCAGAUGCUGCUUUAUACCUAAGAUAGACACAAAGUGCUGGAGUAACUCAGCGGGCCAGGCAGCAUCUCUGGAGAGAAGGAAUAGGGGACGUUUGGUGUCGAGGUCCUUCUUCAGACUGAGAGUCCGGGAGGGGGGAAACUAGAGAUAUGGGAAGGUUCAGAACAAAGCCGAGACUGUAUUGCUAACUCGGGAAAGGUGGAGUCCACAAUGGUCCAUUGUUGGUAGACACAAGCAUGCUGGAGUAACUGAGCUGGACAGGC